ACGGCGGAAUGCGUCAGCUAACAAAGCAUAUGCAUGCAUGUGGGUAUGUUUUGUUACCAAGGCCGUUCACAUAGAGCUGGUAGGAGAUUUAACUACGCAAUCCUUUAUGAACGCAUUAAAAAGAUUUUGUGAUAGGCGUGGUUUAGUGAGCGAUAUAUACUCAGAUAACGCAACCAAUUUUGUGGGAGCUAGUCGUCAAUUGUUAGAACUUAAGACACUAUUCUGGUCACCCGAGCACCAAGAAAAACUGCAAAGGUUCACUGCAAAUAAUGGUAUUCGCUGGCACUUCAUUCCAGCACGUUCCCCUCACUUUGGCGGUCUUUGGGAAGCUGCAAUUAAAGCGAUGAAAUCGCAUUUGUUUAAGACAGUUGGUAAUGUAUCUCUUACAUUCGAAGAAUUAUACAGUAUCCUUGUUCGAGUAGAAGCAAUUUUAAAUUCACGACCAAUCACUUCGCUAUCAGCUGAUCCAUCGGAUUUAACAGCCUUGACGCCAGGGCAUUUCUUAACUGGUGACAUAUUCCACGUUUUUCCAGAAGAAGAUGUGACGGCCAUACCUACUAAUCGUCUAACCAGGUGGAGAAGAGUCACGCAGUUCACGCAACAGCUUUGGCAGAGGUGGCGUCGUGAUUAUUUAACACAACUGCAAACUAGAGGUAAAUGGGCGACAUCCACAGGACCCGAACUAGAAGUGAAUUCAGUUGUGCUGUUGCGAGACGACAAUCGUCCACCGCUACAAUGGCGUAUUGGUCGAGUCACUGAAGUACAACCAGGUGCUGAUGGUGUGAUACGCGUUGCCACCGUACGUACAGUAGAUGGAUCGUUCAAACGUGCUGUACGACAGCUUUGUCCAUUACCAAUUGACACAUAAAACAUUUUUUUGUUGUUUUGUUGUUAAAUAAUUGUUUUUUU